AUGAAAGAGACAGAGAAGAAGAGCUUGGAUCCACAGCUAUGGCAAGCCUGUGCAGGAAGCAUGGUGCAAAUCCCUCCACUCAACAGUAAAGUCUUCUACUUUCCACAAGGCCACGCCGAGCACUCUCAAUCCCCCUUCGAUUUCCCCCAAAGAGUCCCUUCUUUCAUCCUCUGCCGCGUUGUCACUGUCAGAUUUCUUGCCGACCCUGACACUGAUGAGGUCUACGCCAAGAUCGGCCUCGUCCCUUUACCAAACACUGACCUUGAUUUCCCUCAAGAUAUCGGACUUUGUGGUAAUGGGAACGACAGCAACAACCCAGAGAAGCCGGCCUCUUUUGCAAAGACACUAACUCAAUCUGAUGCUAACAACGGUGGGGGUUUCUCUGUGCCUAGAUACUGUGCAGAGACGAUUUUUCCAAGGCUGGAUUACUCUGCGGAUCCUCCCGUGCAGACUGUGAUUGCUAAAGAUGUGCACGGUGAGGUAUGGAAAUUUAGGCAUAUUUAUAGAGGGACACCAAGGAGGCAUUUGCUGACUACUGGAUGGAGCACUUUUGUUAACCAGAAGAAAUUGGUUGCUGGAGAUUCAAUUGUGUUCUUGAGGGCUGAAAAUGGCGAUCUUUGUGUUGGAAUUCGCCGUGCCAAGAGGGGGAUUGGAUUUGGGUGUGGACCUGAAUCAUCAUCAACCACUGGGUGGAAUUCCAACAAUGCUACUUGUGCUAACCCAUAUGGUGGUUUUUCACUUUUUGUGAAAGAAGAUGAGAUGCGAAAUGGGGGAAUGAAGGGAAGGGGAAGAGUGAAGCCUGAAGAGGUUUUGGAGGCUGCUGGUCUUGCGGCUAAUGGGAAGCCUUUUGAAGUGGUUUACUAUCCGCGAGCAAGCACCCCAGAGUUUUGUGUUAAGAUAUCUUCAGUGAGGGCGGCAAUGAGGAUCAGUUGGUGCUCUGGGAUGAGGUUUAAGAUGGCUUUUGAAACAGAGGACUCUUCGCGGAUUAGCUGGUUUAUGGGGACCGUUGCCUCUGUUCAGGUUGCUGAUCCCGUCCGAUGGCCUAAUUCUCCAUGGCGGCUACUCCAGGUGACAUGGGAUGAGCCAGAUUUGCUACAAAAUGUCAAACGUGUCAGCCCAUGGCUGGUUGAAUUGGUGUCAAAUAUGCCAGUCAUCCACCUGUCACCCUUCUCCCCACCAAGAAAGAAGUUGCGAUUGCCGCAACAGUUAGACUUUCCGCUUGACGGCCAAUUUCAAUUGCCGUCAUUUUCAGGCAACCCCCUUGGGCCCAGCAGCCCCUUGUGUUGUCUAUCCGAUAACACUCCUGCAGGCAUACAGGGAGCCAGGCAUGCUCAAUUUGGAAUAUCUUUAUCAGAUUUCCAGUUUAACAGCAAACUGCAGUCAGGGCUGUUCAGUCUCCAGCGGUUCAAUCCACAUUCUAGAAAUUCUGAAAACUACCUGACAGGCCACACAAACAGCAAUGAGAAUUUAUCUAGCUUGUUAACAAUGGGGAACAGCAACACAAAGUUGGAGAAAUCUGAUAACGUAAAGAAACACCAGUUUCUGCUCUUUGGUCAACCAAUACUUAUUGAGCAGCAGAUAUCUCAUAGCUGUUCAACUGAUGCAGUCUCACAAGUUAUUAAUGAGAGAAAUUCAUCUAGUGAGUCUCCCAACAGGGAAAAAAAUUCUGAUGUAUUACGAUCUGCACCUGAGAAGAACAUUUCACUAGAAAAGUCAUGUGGUACUGGGUUUCCAUGGCACCAGCGUCUUCACAAUGCUAGUGAAAUUGGCAUGGAUACUGGUCACUGCAAGUCAGAGGAUGUGGGACGGACCCUUGACCUCUCUGCUCUUUGUUCUUAUGAAGAGCUACAAAGGAAACUGGCUAACAUGUUUGGAAUAGAGAGAUCAGAAAUGUCAAGCCAUGUGCUCUACCGAGAUGCGACAGGUGCUGUUAAACAGAUUGGAGAUGAACCAUUCAGUGUUUUUAUAAAAACUGCAAAAAGAUUGACGAUUCUGAUGAACCGAGCUAGCAGUGACAGUGUUGGGAGGACAUGGAUAACGGGGAUGCGAAACGCUGAGAAUGGACUAGAUGCUCCAAAUAAGACAGUGACAGAUAAUUGGAGUGAGAAACAUGUGCACCGUCGAGGUGGUUGA